UAUUACAUGCUUGUUAUCUUUUGAGAUUCUUCUGCUGUACUUUAUAUUUUUCUCUUCCUAAACUUUGUAACUGUUUCUUCUUAUGCGAAUUAAACCCUUUUAACUUUUAUCUUUCAUCACGAACUUUGCGCAUUUUGUUGGGCUCCUUCUAAAGCAUUUCUUGAAAAAUAGAGAAAUGCUGGACGAUAUUUUACAUUGGCGAGCCAGCGGAUUUUUGUUGCAUUCCUUCAGUUUGUAAAGAGGUGGGCCCAAGAGAGAGAUUAUUAUUACAAGCUUCAGGAAAACAACAACAACGAACCUAUAGAAGAAGAAGUGAGCCACACAUCUGUUGCAAGUGUCACUUCCCAGACGUAAUACAGACGAAGGUCUUUGAGGAAAGAAUUUACUACACAGAGAUCCUUCCAUUGACUGUGGGAAGAAGACGUAAGAAGGGGACAUCAUUACACGGUACCUGAUGGCACAGAGUAAGAAAACCGGAAGAGCUAAGCGACGCUCCGAGUCCAACCUCAGAUUUGUCCCCAUCACGUGGUUCUUCCCUUCCUUACAUUUGUCAAAGAAAAAGGUGUCACUGGCAAAACAAGAGUAAAAAAAAAAAAAAAAAACGGAAGAGGUAAGCGACGCUCCAACCUCAGAUUUGUCAACGACACGUGGUUCCCUUCCUUACAUUGGGCAUUUGGGCAACAGUGUUACUCUUUCCAGGUGACAAAAGUUAUCAAACUGGACAAGCCAAACUCAAGCAGUACAACGGCAGCAGACUUAUCAUUGUGGUUCCCAUAUAUUUGGAAAUCAAAAAGGUGGCGAAAAAAGAGGAAGAGAACCGUAGAAGACGUGCAAAGUACCAAAGAUUUAUUCACCUCCAUUUGGCAAGGAUUAGGAAACGGUCCGCUUGUUCUGCAAAGUGAAGAAGACCAGGCACUGAAGAUGGAUGCAGUAGUUGCCAGCGAGACCGACACUGAAUUUUUUAAUUUUGUCCCCAAAAAAAAUGCUACCUCUGUCAUAUGGCGCUAUUUUGGCUUUACGAGAACCGACACAGAGCAAAAAGAGGUACACUGCAAAACUUGCAAAGUCAGAGUUGCUACGUCACGUGGCAACACAACAAAUUUAUACCAGCACCUAAAACAGCAUGGAGAAAAGUAUAAAGAAUGCAUGACACUGAAAGGCCAGAGUAAAGACACAGCGGCUGCCGCUCUACAAAACAAAGAACAACCCAGCCGAACAAGCCAGAGCAUAAUUACAGAUGUAUUUGCGAGUAUCGCGCCAUAUGCCAAGUCUUCACAGCGACAUAAAGAAAUCACUGACGCCAUAACCCAAUGCUUGUCAAGAGACAUGAUGCCAUUAUACACAGUUAGCAAAGUGGGAUUUCAGAAACUGAUCCACACUCUGGACAAGAGGUAUCAGCUGCCCUCACGAAACUACUUCUCUCAAACGGCUAUCCCCGAGCUUUACAGCAAAUGCCGUGAUGCAGUUCAACAGGAAAUGGCUGGGGUGAAAUUAUUUUCCACCACUACGGACUUGUGGUCAAGCAGAACAACUGAACCAUAUAUUAGUCUAACUGUGCACUUUGUCAAUGAGGAGUUUCAACUGAAAAGCCGUUGCCUGCAAACAUCCUAUUUUCCUGAUGACUACACAGGAGAGAACAUAGCCUUGGGCUUGAAGGAGGCAUUGGCUGCAUGGAACCUCUGUGAAGAUCAUCAGGUCGCUAUCACAACAGACAAUGGAACGAAUGUAGUAAAAGCUGUGGAGCUUAAUCAGUGGACAAGAUUUCAGUGCUUUGGGCAUAGACUUCAUCUGGCCAUUGGAAAUGCCAUGAAGAAUAGUGCGCAUGCACAAUGUAUCAGCAGAGCUCUUGGGAUAUGCAGGAAGUUGGUGGGCCACUUCUCCCAUAGCUGGAAGAGGGUGGCCUUGAGGGAGGCACAAAGAGAACUUGACCUUCCAGAACAUGCUAUGGUGACCGACUGCUCAACAAGAUGGGGUUCCACUCAGAAAAUGAUAGCACGAAUCAUAGAGCAGCAAAAUGCUCUGUCCAAGAUUCUCUCCACAGACCGUAAAGUGAGACACCUACUGCCCUCAUGGCAGGACCUGGAGGUUUUGGAAUCUGUUAACAAGGCCCUCAGUCCACUACAAGAUUUCACAGAUGCCCUAUCAGGUGAAAGUUAUGUAAGCAUUUCCUGUGUCAAGCCUGCUCUCAGUCUCCUGAACACUUCUGUGUUGGCUGAAGAAGAAGAGGACACUGACCUAACCAAGUCACUAAAAUCAAGAAUUCUACAGUACCUUAAUGAGAAAUAUGAAGUGACCCAAGACCUGUUAAACAUGGCAUCUUUUAUGGACCCACGGUUCAGAACACAGUACCUGUCAGCCGAUGAGACCCAGAGCAUCAAAGAUCGAGUCAUCGCUGAGUUGCAGGAACUUCAGCAGCAUCAGCCUGAACCCCAAAGCACUGCAGCGAUGGAGGGGGAUAGUCAUGUGGGAAACCCACCUGCUGCGAAAACCAAGAAAAGUCUUGCAAGAUUUUUCAAGGAAUCUACACGUGCUGCAGCAGCACCACUGUCAGGCAACACUGCAUUUGAUCCCAUAGAACAGUUUAGAGAAGCAGUGGCUGCAGAACUCAAUAUUUACAUUUAUAUGCCACUUAUAGAUCAUGGAGAAGAUCCUUUGAAAUGGUGGAAGUUUCACAAGAUCAACUUCCCUAGGCUAUGCAAAUUAGCACAAAAAUAUCUGUGUAUCCAAGCAACAAGCUCUGCGUCAGAGAGGGCUUUUAGCAGCAGUGGUAAUAUUGUAUCUAACCAUCGGUCCUGUCUGAAACCAGACAAGGUGGAUAUGCUGGUGUUUUUGUCAAAGAACCUUUCAGCAAGUGUUUCAAAAUAG